CAGUGCGAGAGGGCGCGCAUCCACGCGUAAAAAACGACUUAAAAUUGUUCAAACGACUGAGAUGUUUCUGUAGCCAAACAAGGGUGGUAUGAAGAUAUGUUCGAAGUGCUGCAUCCUGACAACCUAAAGCUUAGGUUUCCUCUGGUUUCUGCUUUCACGACCUCGCCAUGGCUUCCGCUUUGUGCAUUCGCUAUGUAUCGGCUGGUUAUCGGUAUAUACUGCCUGGCAUGGAUGAUGUUCGUUGAGACUGACGAGGGGUAUAAAUGGUUCCUCUACAUCAAUCACUGGAAUUUCCUAGCACUCAGUCUCUACUUCAUAUUGGCUGGCGUGCUGUCAAUCAUGUUCAUCAUAUCACCGGAAGGACAGGGCUACCAAGCCGCCGGGGAGUGGGGGGACAGAUGGGAGCCGUAUAUCGUGGGUUUGUCCGACGAUGUCCGAGAGAAAAAGAGCGGCUGGACCAUCCCAAUAGAGAAUAGCCUGAUCCACGAUUAUAACCAUAUUGAUCGGCUAAGCUUCCCUCAUAAGUGUCUGUGGGUGGUGUUUACCGUUGCGACUGUAGGGUCCAUACAAUCUUCACUUGUCUAUUGGUGCAUCCUACGCGAAAAUACAGACGUCAGCGGUUACAACGUAACCUUUUUCAUCGUCAACUCGAUAUUUGUGGUGAUUGAGCUUCUACUUAGUAAUAUGCCGGUAGUUCCGCUGCACAUCGCGUAUGCACAUGCCUUUCAGUCUACUUAUAUUCUGUCUACUGUCGUGUACUGGGCCUCCGGGGGAACAAGCAUUGAGGGAAAGGACUAUAUCUACCAUGCCAUGGACUACUCCGAGCGCCCAGCCAUGGCGGUGCUUACAGCUUUCCUCUCCUUGCUACUGUUUCAGCCUCUAGCGCAGCUAAUGUGUUAUCUGCUAUGCAAAUUACGGGUCUGUAUGAUUUUAAAAUAUUUGUAUGAGUAGUAUAAACAGCCAUUUUUACUCCUCCUGUUUAUCAUCACAGUGCAAAGUGAACGAUGAUUCUUUAGUAGACAUCACUUGCUCUUGGUAGAAGACUGAUCUAAUAUAACAUUUAUAUAGUUGAUGUUCAUUGUAAUAUUUCACGACCUAACGUAAAUGUGUAGUUGCAGAAAAUAUCCAUACCUCCCCCAUUGCGGGGAUUGGAAAUUCCAAGGAGGUGGGGGGUUCAAACGCCCAGAAAUUUCCAGAGGGUAAGGGGGGUAAAAUGCCCUUUUUCCUUAACAGUUACUGUAUUGAUUUUUUUCCAGGGGGUUGGAAAUUCCAGAGGG